CGGUAGGUCGGCGGCGGCGGCGCAUUUCUGCCCAAAGCGCACAGCGAUGCGGACUCUGAUCUGGAGCAGGAGCAAAGGGGAACAGAAUAUCCGCAGAAACCGCAAAACGGCGCUCCGUGGCACAGCCCAGGCGUGUUUUUGAAGCUUUGUGGCCUUACAUGAGGAUGAAAUAAGACUAUUUUUGUAUGAAUAGGAAGCACUUUAUUAUUCAUCAUCAUUAUUAUUAUCAUCAUUAUUUUUUUUCUUCUUCUUCCUGGAUCCUGGUUUUCUGUGACCGAGACGCCACCCGACAUCCGUGUUUUCACUCCACGCAGCGGGAUAUGAAAGCAUGACCGUCUGAUUUCGAGCUUUGUUUUCUUUUUCACGGCUCUACCUCGCCUUGUUUUCCUCCAUAAGGCCUGUCUUUUUUAAAGGCGAGGCUCGCUAUGGUGGACACAAAUGCGAUGAGGAAGACUUUCGUGGUCCCGGACGUGAAACCGUGGGAUCAGUACGACAUUAACCGAGCCAAGAUCUGCGCCAGUGUGGGCUGGGUGCUGGCCAAAUCCUACGGCAAUGCAGACAAUGUUCCAGUGGAGCUGCGAGACCCCUUCUAUCUUGACCAGUACGAGCAGGAGCACCUGAAGCCCCCUGUAACGCGGCUGCUUCAAUCUCCCGAGCUCUACUGCCGAACAUAUGGCCUGCUGCAAGCUGGGGGCCCUGGGGCCAACGGGACUCCGAAAGACAACUCCGUCCUCCUGCAGACCCUCAGCCAAAAGGGCUUAACCCCCAGAGACCAGAACACCCCGGUGACUGAAGCAGACCUCCAGCACAAGCCUAUCAAAAUGAGCGCCCACUUAGCAGUGAUGGAUGCUUUAAUGGCGGUGGGAGCCAUGGAGACGGUGAGGGUGAGCGGAGGAGUGGAGAAACUCGGGGGAGUAAACGGCUGGGAGAGAACGCUACUGCACUGGGUCAACACGUUAAAUGAGAAGUUGAAGGAACGCACAGAGAGCGACCAAACCCAGCAGAGUUCAGAGCCCCAGCCUGUUCAGGCCUCGCUCCGGUACAGGAAGGAUAAGCUGCUGUCUAAGAUCAAGCCCUGUUUUCCUGUUGUGAAUGAAGUGAAGGAUCUCUCUAAUGGCUGUGCCAUAGCUGCCGUCAUACACUACUACUGUCCUGGCCUGCUGCGCUUAGAAGAUGUUUGUAUGAAGGAAACCAUGUCUUUGGCUGACAGUCUUUAUAAUCUGCAACUAAUUCGUGAGUUCUGUGAAAGUUGUCUGAAGAGCUGCUGCCCCCUGGUGUUGGAGGACAUGCUCUACAGCCCACCUGAAUUACAGGUGAAUAUACUGAGCUUUCUGGCGGAGCUCUUGUAUUGGUUUGAAGUGUCAAAACCUGAGUUUGUUCAGCCUCUGGAUGCCACAGAGCUCACAGAGUCCCCAGGAAGGACAGAAAACGGCAGCAGCGGUUCUGGCAGCAGCUCUCCCUCCUUAUUUAAAAAGCCUUUCUUGCCAAUAUCCCCUGCCACACCCAUUCCAGGAGCUCUGACUCAGUCUACCUCAAUGUCUCAUGUAGAGGCAGCUGGACGAUCAUGGACUAAAAACCCUCUCAGUCGUCCCCUGUCAUCUGUGUCCUUCAGUAUCCCCUUUGGUCUGGACAGUGAUGUGGACAUAGUGAUGGGUAACCCUGUCAUCAUGCGCUCUGUUAGCUCAGAUAACCUAAAUCCUGCAGGACAAUCUGUCAAACGUGUCCAUUCCACCCCUCCAGAGGACACCAGCAAGUCUCCAGGACCUAAUGGCCCCCAGCGUGCCUCUUGGGCCUCUCGCAGUCCUGCAGUGCCCCUCUUGGCCGAGGAGAAUGGACUCGACGAGGGUGAUGCAGCUGGGUUGCCCACCAUUGAGGAAGCCUUGCAAAUCAUUCACAAUGAGGGAAAAAUGGAGCCUCGUUUACAUCCAGACGGGGCGCCUGAUGGGUUCUAUUUGCACUCGCCGGAUGACCUGGCUAGUCGUAGACAUAACGGUAGCCCUGCUAUUGCCCCUUCUGAUGCAGGAACGCAGUACAAGCCAACAGGAAGUGCAAGCCGCACCAGACGUACAUCUGAUGGCUCACGAGACGACGACUCUGUAUUAAGAGAUGGCAGCGUAGACUCUGAUGCCUCUGAGGAUCUUCCAAAAACUCAGUCCACGACUGGGACGCCUGCAACUGGUUCCCAGGCAGCUAAUUCAUCUGGAAAAGAGACCCCAGACAGUGGUGUGAAGAUGACUAGCUUUGCAGAGCGUAAAAAGAAACUGGCACAGGAGCAGCUGAUUCCCAAUGAGGAACCACAGAUGAUCACCUGGGUAGCUAAAAAGACCCAGGAAAGCCCUAGCAAGAGUCCAGCACUCACCAGUGAAAUGUCUGAGCUUGGGGCAAGACUGGAGGAGAAGCGUAAGGCCAUUGAGGCUCAAAAGAGGCGUAUCGAGGCCAUUUUUGCCAAGCAUCGACAGAGGCUGGGCAAGAGCGCCUUCUUGCAGCUGAAGAAAGAGCAGGAAGACAGUGAGGAGAUGGUCAGCGCAUCAUCUACAGAAGAAGACCUAAGGCGUAUGUCAUUGGACGAGAGACUAGCACGCAUAGAGAAUGAUGAAGAAGGUGAUGCAAAGCAGGAGAAGGAGUGCCCUCAAGAUGAUGGGAAGGUACAAACUUCUGCACAGCAGACCUCUAAAGACAAAACAUUGGCAGGAACACAAGGUGAGAAGACUAGUGUUCCAUUAGGUGAUUAUAACAAUGCAGUGUCAAAACUGAAUGCAGCUCUGAGCUCACUGCAGAAUGAUAUGCAGCGCUUGUCCGAGCAGCAAAACCAGCUGCUGAAGAAGAAAAUCCCCUCUGCCAAUCAAGCAUGGGUCAUCCCACCCAAGACGAAGAACUCCACCGCAGCAGCACCUUCACGCCUGUCCAGGGAGCCAACCCGUGACUUGAUACCCAAUUCUGCCUCCUCAUCACCGUCUCCAUCUCGCAGAAUGGGCGCUCAAGCAGUUCCUCCAAAAUCACCUGGUGCCCACCGCCGGGCUCAGUCUGCACCUCCAAAAAGCCCCAAAAAUCAGCACCACUCAAGGUCCACAGAUCCAAAGACUCCCGCACUCACCCGGGUCAUCACGGCCCCACAGAAUGUGGACAACAUCCCUCAUCGACGGAAAGUAUCCCCUUGGCAAUACAGAGACCAGACUUCAUCUUCCUUCAGCAUCGGCUCGCCAGUCCCCGACUCCCGUCCUCCCUCUCGUCCCCUCAGCGACGACCCCAGCGAUGAUCAAACCGUCUUCAGCCUGGAACUAGAUGGAGGCUCCAACCAUUUUCCAGGCAGGAAGGAACACCAGGGAGGCAGCUCAGGCGCUCCAUCAGAGUGUUCCUUUGAAAGCGACAUCCCAGCAUCAGCCUUCGGCCGCAAACCGAGCAGUCUGAUUGAGAUCCCGCUGUCUUCUCUGGGAGGGCUGGAUGUAGAGGAAGCUGAAAAUGGCCCUGACGCGGUCUCGGACUCCAUGAGUGAGCACACAGAGCCGGAGCUAAAGGGUGGUGUCGGAUUCUUCUUUAAGCAAGAUGAGGCUCGACCAGAGGAUGAGAUGGCUCAGAGGAGAGCUGCGCUGCUGGAAAAGCAGCAAAAGAGAGCAGAGGAAAUGAAGAGGAAGAAACAGGAGCAGGAACGAGAGAGGGAGGCUAGCAGACGCAAUUCAGUGGAUGAGCUGGAGCGACCCCGGACACCCUGCACACCUCCUGCAGCACGCACUCCGCCCCCAGCAAACACUCCUCCUCCUGAAGGAACUCUGCACCGACGCGGAGACUUUACUCGGCAAGAGUAUGAACGACGCCAUCAGCUCAAGAUCAUGGAGGACCUGGACAAGGUGCUGCGCCAGAAACCCACCACUGUCCGGGGUGUUAAGAAACAACGGCCCAAAACGGUGUUCCGGGACGAUUCGGGUCUCUCGCGCAGUCCAGCGAAAGGGUUGCUGGGUUCUAGACUCAACAAAGUGUAUUCUCACUCCACUAUGAACCUGUCCUCCAUGGCCAAUGAUAGUGGGACACUUGCCAUCAGGAAAUCCCCAAGUCGCUCUCACUCUCCAUCAAGACUCAUGUCUCCGUCAAGAAUGAUGUCUCCAGGCCGUGUGCCCACACAGAAUGGUGAUAAGGACUGGGAAAAUGCGUCCACCCUUUCCUCCCCAGCUUCCAUCCCUGAGUACACUGGACCCAAACUGUAUAAAGAGCCAAGCUUCAAAUCCAACAAGUUCAUUAUCCACAAUGCCAUCUCACGCUGCUGUUUGGCAGGCAAGGUCAAUGAACCCCAGAAAAACAAGAUCAUUGAGGAAAUGGAGAAGAGCACCGCCAACCACUUCCUCAUCCUCUUCCGGGAUUCGAGUUGCCAAUUCCGGGCUGUUUACACCAUGAACCCGGAAACAGAGGAACUGGUGCGUUUGACUGGCAUCGGCCCACGGAUCAUCAACCUCUCCGUGGUCGAGUCUAUCUACAAAUACAGCUCAGACCGCAAGCAGUUCUCGGUCAUCCCGUCUAAAACCAUGUCCAUGAGCGUGGACGCUUUCACCAUCCCCAGCCAAUUGUGGCAGACCAAGCGGCCUGGGACGCCCAAAAAGCUUGGAACACCAAAGUGAAGGUGACGGAGUAUCUGAGGUGUCCCGAACCAUUUCUCCCACCUCCUCUAGUAGCAGAAGUGUUCAGAGUCUGAGCUGGCAUGGCUCCAGGAGGGUGGGAGGGUUGAAACAGUGUGGCGGUGAUGGAAAACACUAGAACACACAAUCCUCAGAGACCUAUUAGUGACCCUUGCAGAGCACCGCUGAUUUAAAAAUCACAGAAGGAAGAAUGCCAUGGGUUUUUUCCCCUCCCCCCAAGCGGUCAUAACUCCUCCAUCAUCUGGCCAACUGGAAUAUAGCUGUAUAUGUGUACUUUUCAUGUUAAAACUGUAGACGAAGUGAACAUUUUCCAUUCCAUCCGUCUAGUCUGACGGUCAUCAUCUCAGAUCACCAGUGUGGGAUGAAGCACUACCACUAAAAUUGCUGCUUUGCAGAAUUAAACCAGGGCAUCAUCUCUGCCGCCUCUUUUAUAUACCUUUUCUCUCUUUUCCAUGUUUUUGCUUCCUGUUUGCUCUAAUUGCAGAACAGACCUAAAACUAGACUAUGAAUGUAGGGCACAAGCCAGCCAAGGGCUUCUCAUUUUAUCUUUCAUCAUACAGGACUGGGAUUUAGAAAUCUUCCAUGAAUUACGGUACUUGGUUAUGCUCCUGUGCCUGUUGCUAAAUGUCUGAAAUGUGAAGUAUGUGCCUCUCGCUCACACUCACUCUGCUCUCCUCUCCUCUCUUCUGCCUAGCCCUUACUCUUACUUAAAGUAGACGUCUGGAUUUUUUUUUUUUUAAAUAUCUACUUGUUUUGCUAGAUUUUGGUAUGUCUGAGUCGACCACACGGGCCUCAGGUGAGCUUCAUUUCCACUUCAGUUUAUUAAGAACGAAUGGACAACAACCAACACAAUGUGCUUUUACGUUAAUAAUAAGGUAUUUCUACACUACACGGCUGUAAUUUAAAAAAAAAAAAAAGUAGGGGGAAAAAGACUCAGAUUCUGUUAUGUAUAUUAUGAAUGCUGUUAAUUUUUUUUUUUUUCAUUUUUGACAGUGAUUUGUAUAUGGUGAAGAGAACAUUUGUAAGAUAUGAAUAAGCUGCCACGUGGCUUCAGCAUUAGCAGUUGUGUGUGUGUGUGUGUGUGUGAGAGAAAGAACGAGUGACGAGAGCUAACAGAGGAUGGGGAUUAAGAAAUAAAGAUUGAAAAUCUGCAGAAAUGUGAUUUUUCUUGUUUAAAGGAAGAAAAGUAAUUUCUCUGUGAGCGAACAUAGCGCAGGCAGUGAUGGUUAAAAAAAAAUAUUAUUAUUGUUAUUAGACUGAGGCUGGUGUCUCAAAUUUCGACAGUGCUCUACAGAGCGAGCUCAAAUCAGUGUACGUUGGCCUUAUUCAUUUCGGGUGUGGUGCGAGUGGCCCACUUUUCUUUACCCAGAGGGCAUGUGGUCUGUUUUUCCUCAGAAAACCUGAUCUAAGUGAUAGAACAAGUCUAGUGCUUCCUGUUUGUCGGCCAUUCGCAAAUCUGAAGUGAGGAUGUGAAUAUUUUUGUACAGAGAAACAUUGUGAAGGUGUUUAAGUGUAUAAUUGUGUGUGUGUUGGUCUGUAUGAGAGAGUGAUAAAAUUGGAGUCAGUGCAAUUGUCCUGUAGAAUGUUAUAUGAGCAAAGGUUUAUUUAUUAGGAAGGGACUAGCUGGAAUUAUUUUCUUAUUCUUUUUCAGAUUUUAUUAUUUAUGUUGUGGUAAGAUGGUGAAUCACAUUUAUUUCAUACUUUAAAGGCACAUUGGCCAUGUUCUUUUUGUUAUGUCACCGUAUUUGUCAUUCCAGUCAUUCUGUCCUGCCCGAUUGUUCAUCAUUACUGAUCCGUCAGCUGGAUCUGAUUAAUAAAAUCAUUUUUAAAUCA